GUGGUUAAAUAUAAAUUCAAAAUUAAGAAAAUUUCCUAUUCAUUUCAAAUGCUUUCUUUGCAAGUUUCUUAACAUUUUUUAAAUCUCUGAACCUCAAAAUGCAAUUGCAUAAUUCGUGAUUCGUGAAGAUGAGUUUCGAUUCGACUCGCUCCGGAAACUCUGUUUCGAAUUCGAAACGGAGCUUCAAUUCAAUCUCUUCAAAUCCUUCUAACAAAGCCAGUAGUAGUGGUGCUAAAAGUACGAAGAAUGAUAAGAAGAAGAAGAAUACGAACCAGAAAACCCUAGGCAUGGCUUGGGGAGCCAAUUCUCGCUCUUCCUCUCGCUCCGCCUUUCGUAAUUCCCCCUUCUCCGAUUUCGGCAGUUACAUGGUUUUGAAGAAUAAAAAACUACGCGAACAGUUUGAUGCUGAGGCUUCAAGCUCUUCUCAAAGUGGUUCUGCUUCUGGGAAAUCCAUAUUUCAUGGGGUUUCGAUUUUUGUGGAUGGAUAUACUGUCCCAUCUAGUCAGGAACUUCGAGGUUACAUGUUAAAGUAUGGAGGACGAUUCGAGAAUUAUUUUUCAAGGCAUCGUGUUACUCAUAUAAUCUGCAGUAAUCUCCCUGACAGUAAAAUCAAGAAUUUGAGGUCAUUCAGUGGUGGGCUUCCAGUAGUUAAACCUACCUGGGUGCAAGAUUCAGUUGCUGCUAAUAAACUUUUGAGUUGGAUCCCUUAUCAACUCCAACAGCUGGCAAGUGAAGUUCAUAACCAACCAAAACUAUCUGCUUUCUUUCCUCUGAAAAACGUCCAAGAUUCUGAUGAUGUAGCCCCAAAUCUUGGCAAUCAAGUAAUUUCUGAAACUAAGAAUUCAUCAUUGGAGGAUAGGGCUUUGAUGGUUGCCAAUUGUCCCGAACAGUGUGAUUCUACAGAACAAGUGGACCAAUGCAGUCCAGAAUUUGAUGGCCUUUUGCACGUGGGCCCUACCGAAAUGAUACUAGAAAUGCCUGCUUGUAGUGUAGGCAGCCAUUGUGAACCGAAAGGUGCUGAACUCUAUGAUAUUUCCAGGUUAGACAGGAUCAAUACAGGAUUUGAACCCAAGUCUAGUAGUUCAUGUCAGGCUUCUGCUUCAGUUUGCAGUGGCAUCCCUGAUGAUCAUAAUUUUAAAGAAUCGUCAAGUUCAAGAAUCAGUUUAGCUUCUAAUCAGCCUCAUUCAACUCUUGUAGAUCCUGAUUUUGUUGAAAAUUAUUUUAAGAACUCUAGGCUGCAUUUUAUUGGAACUUGGAGAAAUCGGUACCGAAAGCGUUUUCACAGCUCAUCUGAUGGGUUUAGAGACAAAAGUUCUUGUCUCAACGCCUCUGCAGUGGUUCACAAGACUGCCAUAAUACAUGUUGACAUGGAUUGCUUCUUCGUAGCAGUGGUCAUCAAGAACCAUCCCGAAUUACAAGACAAACCUGUUGCUGUUUGCCAUUCAGAUAGUCCCCGCGGAACUGCUGAAAUAUCAUCUGCCAAUUAUCCUGCUCGAGAUUAUGGAAUCAAGGCUGGAAUGUUUGUUAAAGAUGCCAAGGCACGUUGCCCUCAUCUUGUAAUUGUUCAUUAUGAUUUUGGAGCUUAUGAGAAGGUGGCAGAUCAAUUUUAUGACAUUCUGCAUAAACACUGCAACAAAGUGCAGGCUGUCAGUUGUGAUGAAGCAUUUCUUGAUGUCACCAACUCAAGAGUGGAGGAUCCCCAGCUUUUAGCUUCAGUAAUCAGAAAAGAGAUUUUAGACACUACAGGAUGCACUGCAAGUGCAGGGAUUGCAGAAAAUAUGCUUAUGGCCCGUCUUGCUACAAAAACUGCAAAACCGGAUGGCCAAUGUUACAUUUCUCCUGAGAAGUUGAGUUUUCAGGUGAAUGAUUAUUUAUGUGAACUUCCAGUCAGAGUACUGCCUGGAAUUGGUCAUGUUUUGGCAGAGAAGUUGAAAAAAAGGCAAAUUGAAACUUGUGGACGGCUGCACGUGAUAUCCAAGGAAUCUCUUCAAAAGGAGUUCGGUGUGAAAACUGGAGAUAUGCUCUGGAAUUAUAGUAGAGGGAUCGACAAUCGACAUGUUGGCGUGAUUAAGGAAAGCAAAUCUAUAGGCGCUGAAGUGAACUGGGGUGUGAGGUUCAGGAAUACAAAUGAUACUCAACGCUUCUUGACAAACCUAUGCAAGGAGGUUUCAUUGCGAUUGCAGGGAUGUGGAGUGUUAGGUCGCUCUUUUACCCUAAAGAUAAAGAAGAGACGAAGUGAUGCUGGCGAGCCAAUAAAGUAUAUGGGCCAUGGAGACUGUGAGAACCUUAGCCAUUCCAUUACGAUUCCGAUGGCCACAGAUGAACUGGAUGUGCUUCAGAGGAUAACCACUAAGCUUUUUGGAUAUUUUCAAAUAGAUGUUGAAGAUAUCAGAGGAAUGGGUUUGCAGGUUUCAAAACUUGAAAACACAGAUAAUGGCAAGCUAGUCCACCAGAGGAAUUCCAUUCUCUCCUGGCUCGUUUCCACUUCAACAAAGGACAGAGAGCAAGAGAAAUUUACUAAUCACACCAAGCACAAUGAUAUAGUUGGGGAACUGAAUUGUGAAGGAGAUCGAGGUCAGUUGUGCUCCAAUCACGCUGGACCAUCUGUCCGAAGUGAUGCUGGUUUGUCUGCUGGUGUAAGUGGCAGUAGACAGGGUGUGAUUCUCCCUCCUCUGCAUGAUCUUGAUGUGGGAGUUAUAGUCUCUCUUCCACCUGAUGUCAUUGCAGAAAUUAAUGACAUGUAUGGUGGGGAGUUAACAAGUUUCAUUUCCAAGUAUAAAAGUGACAUGAAUAUGCCUGCUAUGUCAGUUGAUAGUUUUGAGGGGGUAACUGCUGAGGAAAAAGAAUGCCAUCCCUCUUAUCUGGUCCAAUCUAAUAAAUUCCCCUUUGACAUUAAGUAUGGUGAUGAGGAAACCCCCAUUCGACCUUUCUCCGCUCCAGUUUCUGAAAAUAUUGCUGUAAUGCCCUCAUCUCUGAGUCAGGUAGAUCACUCGGUGUUGCAACAACUUCCUCAAGAUUUGAGAGAAGACAUACUUGAGUUUCUUCCUGCACACAGGAGACUAGAAUCUGUGCCAGAUGCUUUGCUGAAUCCAAGUGAGAAUCAGACUGGAUCUCCUCAGUUUGUUUCAACUAAUGAGCUUUGGGUUGGAAAUCCUCCUCUGUGGGUUGACAAGUUCAAAUUGAGCUGCUGUGGGAUGUUGAACCUUUUUGCUGAGAUGUAUUAUAGAUCAGGACAUACUUGCCAUUUGUCUUCUAUACUUCAGCGGCUUUUCUGUGAGCAGCGUGUUCCUCUAGAUGUGGGCACUAAUGAAUGGGACGAUGCUGUUAGUUGCUUAUGUGAGCUUGUUAAACAAUAUUUAGAACUCAAAAUUCAAACAGAUAUUGAGGAGGUUUAUGUUUGUAUCCGCCUUUUAAGAAGGUUAAAUGAGAGGUCGAAACUUUUUGGACUAGUUUGUGACAGCAUACUUCCUCAUCUCCAGGCAUCCUUUGGUGAAAAUUAUGGAGGAACUCUUAAUGUCUCUUCUGUCAAGGACUGAUGUAUUAAAGAUAUGGUUCUAAACUUCACCGCCGUUGGAUUUAUGAUACAAUUUCAUAGUUGAAAAUACCAUGAUCGUUGGCAUUACAUUCUCUUCUAGCAACUGGAAUCUGGCCAUGACACCGGAUGAUGUAGGCGAGUCAUUGCUGUGCAGGUGCUUUCUGCAUGAUGAUCCUGUUAGCGAUGUUUGAAACCUUCGAGGGGUGGAGCCUUGAGUUCUUCUAGUAUUAAGAUUUAAGCUGGAUCAGUAUUGCGAUGCAAAGAUGGAGUUAAAUCAAGAGAAUGUGCCUAUAUGGGCAUUUUGUUUUGGUAAAUAUCACACAACACAAUAUUGGGAAAAUUGCAGCAGAGUUCCCUAGCCAGUUAUUAAAGUGUAGCAGCAGCAGGGACAUUGUGUAAUGGUGGUUCUUUUGAAAUCUGAAGGUUUGGUAAGUUGAAAAUGUUGGAAUAUUCUGAGUGCAAAAAAAUGGUGUGUGUAGAGAAUUCCUUGAACAUAAAAUUUGGUAUGUCAUUGGAGGACUCCUUGCCUUAAUCAUUGGUUUCUAAAGGUGGAGUUUUCGAAGCUUUGUGCGGAAAUCUUUGGUCUGCGUCAGAUCUUUCCAUUUAUGUUCGAAACUUUCAGCAGUGGAAGGAGUUGGGAGGGAGGUGUUGGCUCUUGAUCGCAAUGAUUUUGUGACUCCCGAGGGGAGAGUGGGGUGAGUUGGGUUGGAUAAUCUUAUUCUAGUUUUUUCCCCUCAAAUUUUAUUCAUAAUUAUUUUAUUAAUGUUCUUUUCAUAGAAUAAUGUGUUAAUUCAUUUACUCUUAAAAAAUUGGACGUGACGAUUGCAAGUAACUUUAAAGGUAAA